AUGCUGCUUCGUUACGCACUAGACGUAGCUCCACUUUGGAACUCCUCAGAAGAGUUUACCGAAGCUCUCAACCUUCUCCCAGCCCCAAUAAGACCAUCGGUAACAAAGUUCUACUUCCCCGCCGAUCGCAAGCUUGCUCUUGGCUCUCAACUACUUCAGCGCUUUGUCGUUUCAAGAGUUUAUAGCAAUGGGAGGCCCAGUGCUGAUAUACCAACACUUUCCUCGAUUUCGAUAACUCGGGAUGCCGAGAGCGGGCGACCUUCCUAUCACAAUCCCGCUGAGCUCCUAGAGAAGGGCAAUGGAUUGGUACUCAGGGACUACAACGUUUCGCACCAUAACCCAAAGUCAAAUUCUGAUUCGACGCCGUGCCUUGUGAUCCUGGUGGCACGUGUUACUGUCGCAACAUUGUCUUCACCCCCUCUUAGGGUUGGAGUAGAUCUGGUGCCUACGAUCCACAACCGAGGCAACACAUCUGCCGCAGACUUCCUGGAGACCUUUAGGGAUUCGGAUGUUUUUACUAAAAAUGAGAUACGGGCUAUAUAUUCCCCGCCGCUGGAGGGAGAUCGGGUCAAGAUGAUGUAUCUACAUUGGGCACUGAAGGAGGCAUACUGUAAAGCUGUAGGUACAGGGUUGGUAACGAAUCUUUUAGCUAUAGAUUUUAGACAUGUUGAGCUUGAUAAGGUAGAGCAGGGAGAGAGAGAUACCCAGGUGAAAGUUUUUGUUGAUGGAACCCAGAGGGAUGAAUGGAUGUUGGAGAUAGGGAAGCUAUCCGGGGAUCACUAUGUUGCGAUCGCCACAGAUUCUUGGAGCGACGAAGAGGAAGCUGAGGAAACAGGAAAGUGGUCAUGGAUAGAUUUCGGCAAGGAUAUAUUAGGCAUUUGGAGUUGA